AUGUCCUAUUGGGACCACACGGUAGCACAAACCUCCUCGGGUCCCAGCUCCCAGAAGCCUCUGGGCCACCUCCCACCUCUCCCAGUUCUCCAUCUGCAGAGCCGGAGGCCAGUGCUCCUGGGAGGGCAGGCCGGGACAGCCAGAGCAGGCCAGGCCAGGGACAGGCUCCACGAGGAGUACGAGUGCCUGGAGCAGGAGAACACUGUGCUGCGCAGAGAGAUCGGGAAGCUGACGGCCGAGCUGCAGCAGCUGAGCGAGGCGCUGAAGGAGCACGAGAAGAUGUGCCCGCUGCUCUUGUGCCCCAUGAACUUUAUGCCGGUGCCACGGCCGGACCCUGUGGCCGGCUGCCUGCCCCGAUGAAGCCCAAGGAUCCUCCUCCUCCGCUGAGGGAGGAGCCUCGGUCGUUUCCAGACCUGAGAGGAGGGUUCCCUCCGCAUCUGUGUGUGUGUGGGCGGGGUGCCUGUGGCCGGGUCCCCUCCUAGGAGCUCCUGGCCACGCCCUCAGCAGACGGCUCAGCACGACGCUCCUGCCAGCACCUCUCAGAGCCUUGAGCCAAUGCAGGCAGGGAGGCCACCCUCAGGAGUCACCUGGAAUCCACUUUGGCAGCUAAUAGGUUCCGUCUUGUGCAGAAUCAUUGCCUCUAGAAUUUGGAUAAUAAAGAUGGCUGUGAUAUCUCA